AUGCGUCAAGAGCAAAACACAAAUAUCCCAAUUCUUGAUAAACCAACAAACGAUCUUACACAACAACAACCACAAAAAAAGAAAAGGCCAAAGAAAGAACCAAAGGCAAAACCUCCAUGGAUGGUUAUGCAUCAUUACAAACAAGCGAUGAGUGGUUUAUAUGCAGGCGAAACAAUUAAAUUUGGUGAUCAGGUUUCGAAAUUUGGCAAUAGAUCUCGUCGCUCCUUUAAACCAAAUGUCCAAAAAGUCAAAUUAUAUUCUGUGGCUCUUGAUGAACGUAUAAGAAUCAAGUGUAUUACAACAGCUCUAAAACAUAUUGAUUUAAAAGGUGGUUUGGAUAGAUAUUUGUUGACAAUGAAGGAUGACAAGUUAGGUAAAAAAAUGUAUGAUUUGAAACUUAAACACUUGAAGAAGAAAAGAAAAGGCUGCGGAAUUAGAUGGGUGAUUAUUGGAUAG